UUUAGCCGUGGGAAGUUUAUUAGCUUCAUCUUCCUCACACUACACCAGUCUCUCUCAGCCGAAAUGGAAGCAAGAACACCAAGAAGUGCCUCAAGGAGUACUACCUGCAGUGUUCCUGGACUGGUACUAGGUUUCUCCAAGCUCUGCAAAAUCACAAAGGUUUGUGCAGCGCCUGAUUUUGCUGACACAAAGACAGAAUUCGGAGAUUACUGUGGCGGAUAUGAUCAGAGUCUAGUACUCACAAGACUGUUUGAAGAAAUCAGAUCUCUCAAGUCAGCCUACAUCAAGCUGCAGAAAGCUCAUAUCCCUUAUAAUCCGCCAAAGAUUGCCUUCGCCGAUGAGAUCAUCACCUCGGAGCUUGACUCGGUCAGUGCUCUGCAGAGCUUAUGCAGUUGGAACGGCAGCGUCGGGUCACUGAUCAACGAUCGAUGGUCUCUGGUGCAGGAACUGGAAGCCGAGACGAGGAAGAAAGAUUCAGACAUUCUACUGCUAAGAAGGGAGCUGGAUGGUCUGAAGAGUGAGAAUUCGAGACUGAAUAAGCAGAUCAAGAGCAAACCAUCAGUUAAUAAGCGCGGGAAGGAUUACUCCACUGUCCUAAAACAGCUGACGACGCCCAGUGCAAUCUUGGAGCUGUUCAAGGUUGCGUCGACAUCGGUGCAUGAAUUUGCAGAGCUUUUCUUUAGCUUGAUGCCCUCGUCUGACCAUUGUAGCAACAGUGCAGAGGAACAAUCAUCAUUCAAGAGGUACUCAUUGGAAGCCUACCUGUCACGAACAAUGCUCGCACAUGGCGGUGCUGAAGACGAUGAUGAAGUCGAUGCAGCUCGCUUCGAUCGAAUCAUGAGGUGCUGUGACCCUCUGGACGCGUUGAUGGAGCACUCCAACUCCAGUUUCGCGAGAUUCUGCAGGUCAAAGUAUUUGGCAGCCGUGUCGCCGGAGAUGGAGUCGGCGAUGUUCAGGAACCUGGACGCGAGGGCGUUCGUGUCGCGAGGCGGGCACCCGAGGACGUGGUUCUACCGGGCGUUCGCGACGACGGCGAGGUCGGCGUGGGCAAUGCAGGUGGCCGUGGCGGCGCGCCGGCGAUGUUCCGGCCAUGGAAACGUCAGGGUGUUCUACGCGAGGAGAGGGAGCACGUACAGGGAGGAGUACAUGGAGAGCGUCGUGGGAGCCGCUUCUGCUUCUGCUGCUGGCAUUGGCGUUGCAUUCACGGUGACGCCGGGGAUGAAGGUGGGUGAGACGAUGGUGCCGUGCAGGGUAUUCCUCCAUUACCGACGUGAUCAGCAGGACGCCAUUACUGACCUAAGUGAUCUGAAAUUCAGAUAGCACAUAGGUACUUAAUCCGUGCUGUGAUAGACGAGUUUGUUUCUUUAAUUUCGACCAUGCGGUUGCACUGCAAGAUUGUUGAGUAUAUUGUACACUGUAUUUUGGAAUUUAUUGUAUGUAGUAAUUCUGCAUUGGUUAACAUGUUAAUUGACAAUCCUGUACUUACAGAGAAGAGUUCCAUUGAG